AUGAAAUCUCCUCCGGAAGACAAAGAUCCUCCACCUGCCUACAAGGAGAUUGAAACCACAAAGCCAUAUUCGAAAAGCGAAAAACUCAUUUUCUCGUCUCAACUCACCAUCUUCGAACGCGUCGCAGGCUAUUGCAUUUGCAUGGAAUGGUUUGGAUUCCUUAUAAUGAUCGUUCAAUUUGCAAGCAUUCAUAAAUACAUUGCUGAGGAAUUAGACCUUUGUAUCACUAUGGUCAUCUUCCUCUUGAUUGUUUCGAUGUGGUUCUUCCCCAAGUUCACUUCCAAUUUUGUCGCAAGACUCUCGAAGGCCGGUGCGCAUGUCUACACCAUUCUCGGCUUGAUUUAUUUCACUCGAGUCUUCCUUCAACUACCAGAAACUGGAAAAUGGCGAGAACUGUCACGGAAGGUCGAAGAAGUUUACGCUCAUUUCAUUUCAUUCACCAUGCUCGCAAUCCAAUUCCACAUUUUCAAAUGCGUACAUGUCGUCAUCGAAUUGGUGCAGGAGAUCGAAGCAGAGAAGAAAGCAAUGAAUUCGAAGAAAAAGGAUAUCUCAAUCGUUUGA